CGUCUUUUUUUACUUACCUUAUUCUCGAGAGUCGUUCAUGAAUACACACAGUGUUGUACUCUUACACGAUUAUUGCGUUUGUCUUAUCACUAAACUCCGAUACGGAAUCUUCAAUACAUACUUGAAAACAUCGCCGCAACACGGGACUGCUUUCUCUAGCGGAAGAAAAGAUUAUCCACAGUAAUGAGGCUGUGGUUCACAGCGGGUCAGAAAGCCUGGCUCUGAUUGGUUAGCGGCUAAAUGUUCUAGUUUAUGUGUAGUAAGGUUGAAGGGUUUAGGAACCAUUUCAUUGACUUUCUGCAAGUAAAAUAAUUUUUCUUCUUCAUGGUUUCAGAGGGGAUAAACACUGGACUAACCACAGAUAGUCAUAACAUUAUGAGUUCCUAUCUUCCUGUCCGGCAUGGAGCGCCGAGAGAGGAUCUUCACAGUGCAGAAAAUUCGGGAUAUAUGGACCAUUUUCUCAACAUCCCAGAUAUAUGCCCGACUGGAAAUUACCGAACUCCAAGAUAUUAUAUGCAUGGUUCCUAUAAUACAGAUCCAUGCCGUAUGGAUGCAGCACUUCAACACAGAAAUCACGACUUGAGGAUGGGGCUUCAAGCGAAUCGAUCCUUUUAUCCAAAUAUGAACAUGCACGGAAUGAGGUUUGGGGAAACCUGCCCGGACACCCAAGCUAACUGUACCCCAACUCAUAUGGUUCGCUCUGACAACAUCAGUCCCCUCGCCAAGGAUGUCAGCGGCACUGGUGGUGAAUCGGAGACUCCCUCCUUUUAUCCGUGGAUGUCAAUUGUAGGUCCAAAUUCCAAUCAACGAAGAAGGGGUCGACAAACGUAUACACGCUUUCAAACUUUAGAACUCGAGAAAGAAUUUAAAUUUAAUAGAUAUCUCACACGGCGCAGGCGCAUUGAACUUUCACAUAUGUUAUGUCUAACAGAGCGUCAGAUCAAAAUAUGGUUUCAAAAUCGAAGAAUGAAAGAGAAGAAAGAAUUGCAAGCUAUUAAAGAAUUAAACGCCCAAACGAGAAUUGUAGACAAAAAAGAGGACGCGGUAGACAAAGAGAAAGACAUAAAAGAACUUACGACCAAAGAUUCCUUAAGUUGAAACCGUGGUAAAUAUCACACACCCGGAAGUAAAGGUGACAAAAUGGACGUCCUUAGUGAUGAAUAAUUCUCUACCUCCUUCUGUUGCCAUGACAACGGUCAAGGAUACCUUAAUGGUGACUACUGCAAACUAUAAAUAAAUAAAUUUAGUGGUUACAAGAAUACGAUUAACUGUCAAAUUAACAAAUGGACAAAAAAUUAUAUAUAUAUUCGCGGAUCUAUUACUCGGAACGGAAAUUGUUCUGAUAAUGGAGACGCACAAACGGACGGACGGGCGGAAUCGGUAGUCCGUACCGGACAAUUAUCCCGUGGCAUCAUGUGUGUAGAAAUCGUUUUGUGUUGUCGACAAAAUGUGAAAACGACAAUCAGGGACAUCGUAUGUGUUUUGUGCUAAAUUGUAUAGUGGUCUUUGUGUAUAUUGUCUGUUGUGCGAUUUUUUCUUUCUAAUUUCCCGUAUUGACAAUCAAAUUUUAACGAGAAGAAUGAGUAUCAGCUACUGACCUACUAAAGGUUAAAAGGUCAAAGGGUAAAUAUUAGUAAACCUAUGAUAUGCCGGUUUCUAUAUGUAGAUAUAUUAGACCCAUUUGUCUAUAUAACGGAAAAUAGUCAAUAUGAUAUGACCGCUGUCACCUGUCUUGAAAAAACGUUAUUGUUGAUCUCAAUAAGUGUAAUAUAUAUAUAGAGAGAAAUGGGGUUUAGUAUCCACUCAAUACAAGCUCGGUCACUACGACAGAAGCAUGUGGGUAUAAU